GCGAUUGUCACGCCGUUUAAACCGUCUGAUCGCCGCUGUUUCCAGCACUGCUUCGCUAAAGCACUUGUGGUAUCUUGAAUGUGCGUGUGUGUGUCUAACUAAAGGUGGCAAUGGCAGCGAACCGAGUCGGUAGACGGUGUAACAAUAAAGUCCACUCUCCGAACCGGGGGGCAACUAGGGAAUCCGGACUCAGUAUUCAGAAAAGGCAAGCUCGUGUGACUGUAAAAUACAACAGAAAGGAGCUGCAAAGACGACUGGACGUGGAAAAAUGGAUUGAUUCUAGUUUGGACCAGCUGUAUUUGGGCAGGGAGGAACAGAUGCCCGAGGAAGUGAAUAUUGAUGAGCUGCUGGAUCUGCAGAGUGAUGAAGAGCGAAAACACAGGCUGCAGGAGAUUCUUCAUGCCUGCAGUAACAACACAGACAUGUUCAUCAAAGAGCUGGUGGUGAAGCUGCACGGGUUGCAGAAGCAGGAGGAGCUGCAGAACGACGGCAUGGAGCACACCCACAUGCGCUGAGCCCAAACGGGGCCUUCAGCAGCUGGGGAACAGGUCACCUUCAUUUCAAGUCACUCCCACUUAAACUUACUGUUCCCUGCAUGAAGCCCUUUAACUCCUCAGUCCUGUGACUGAGUACCACUUCUAAGAAGAGACCCCGUCGCUGUCAAUGAUGUCAUUGUCCCUCUCAUGUCCUCCAUGUACAUGAAAGAUUUGAUACCUCAUUGAUGAUGGGUGACAGACUGACCCAGGAUCUGAGCUCUGGUGGGGGCCAGUUCCUGAUUUUGCUUUAAUGGGUAUUGUUCAAGCAGUCAGACUGUACCUCUUUGAUUAAGCCUAUUAAGAUUGAUUUCUCUAAAGAAGGACCUUGGAAACCAUUUUGUUUGGUUCAUGUGCCAGAGUGGUACAUUGCUUGCUAAGCGUAAGCCUUUGAAUGAUGACAGAAGAAGAAUAGAGCCACAACCUUUCCCACGUAUUGCUUUUUAUAGGCUUUAAAAUGCACUUGGCACAAUAAAAAUAAUUUUAAAAAUCUGUUAUAUUUCUGUAACUCUUUCAGGUCAUAUAUCCAAAUGCAGUGUGUUUUAAUUGGAAAAUAAUACUGAAAAUGUUAAAGUCUGCAUAUCAUGGUUCCUUUCGGUAUAUUUGCUUUCUACUUUCUAGAGCUUCUUGACAAGAGCUGUACCUUUGAAUAGACGAAUCAAUGUAGUGGUGUCUUGAUACAUCCACUGUAUGUUUGGUCAACUUUCCUUUCCAAUUAAACUUGUCAUUUACUGAAAACAAAGAAAUUAAAUUCUCAUAAAAAAAACAUCGUUUCUAUAAUUAACUUUGGUGAGUAUGUUUAGUCAAUGUCACAAACACAUUAUAAUGUCAUGCUAAUGACUUGUCCAGGAUAAGUGGAUAGAGAAAGAAUGGAUAGAUGACAUACUCACCAUUGUGUAAAGCCUGCAUCAGAUAAUUGCUUUUAUUUGUCCCAGUUCCACUUACAUUUGCGUUCCAUCUGGGCCCCCGUCUGGUCAUCUGCUUCAUUAUUAGCAUUACUUAAAUGGUUAUUCUGAAAGCUAAAUUUGGGAAAAUGGCACCUUGAAAAACAAUCCUGCUUUCUGUUCUCCCAAAUCCUGAAUAUUAUAGAUUAGUCCAAAACUGAAAGGUUUAAGUAAUAUAAACAAACAUUUAGAUAAAAGAAAGCAAUAAAUGGCAAAGUAUUUUCUUCUGUCAAUGAAAUUCUGCACAAGACAUUUUUUUUAAAGUCCAGUAGUUGUAUUAGUGGGUACUGUAUGCAGUACUAAUGAGUCUCUACUUUUUAUUUUCUAAAAUUUGUAACGUUCACUUUAGCUCCAUUUUGAGAUUGACUACCAAUUCAGGGUUUUAUACAACGUAUAACCUGAGUCAUUUUAAUUGAUAGUUUUAUUUUAUAUCAGUUUUUCCCAAUGGAUGUUUUAAUAUUGUUUGAAAUGGUUAUUAUUUGUAUAUUUUUUGAAAUGAAGAAAAUGUACCUUUGAAAUGUUAUUACUGAUUGUGUUAGUUUAUUAAGACUUUUUAAAUUUCAAUUGAAUUCAUUUGAAUUAAUUUUGUGUCACUAUGAUAAAUCUCCAUGAAAUCCCAUCUUAACCAUCUUUUAUUAUGCUUGCCAUAAUAAGUUUCCCAUGUUUAUCGCUUUUUAUUUAUUAAAGUCACUGCUUCAAAACACA